GGUCUUCUUUUUCUUUCGCUCAUUCUCCUUCGCCGUUUGUCUGCGAUAAGGAGGAGGAGUAGAGGAGGAAGAAGAGGAGAAGGGGUGGAGGGAGGGGGGAGCUAAGAGACCCCGUCGCGUUUUGACCCUCGGAAACCUAUACACCACCACCACCACCAUCACUCCUCCUCCUCCUCCUCCUCUUUCUCUCCUCUGGAUUCAGAAAACACCAUCGCUCAUUCGCAGCCGUGAUAUUUUGCCAGUCUGUGUCCGUGCGCUGCGCGGACAGCGAGCGCGAGGAGCCAAAAAGGAAGUGGACGCUAUUCUUUCUCUGUCCUCCACACACACACACACACACACACACACAGCCAGCAUCCAGAGGCUGUGCGAGCCGGAGAGAGGGGCGCACCAAUCCAAGAAGGCGCCGCUGCUGCUGCCGUGCUCCUCCUCCUCCUCCUCCUGCUGGAUACACCGGACCGGAUAAGACCCGACCCGGCCCGGACAGGACUGGAGUGGAUACGGCACAUAUUUCCGUCUCGGUGGGACAUUUCAGAGCGUUUACCAGAGCAUGGAGAUGAUGAGUGCGAGGACAGAGGAGAGACUGUAGCCCAGCUCAGCAUCAUCAUCUCCGGGUUAGGACUGGCUGUCGAGCCGCAUGGAGAAGAGGUAUGAAGAGCUGGUGCACUACUCUGGGUCAGAGGCCAUGUCGGUGGGGGGGUACGGAGACGACGUCAGGCCGCUUCCUCACCCACAGUACGGACCCACCAUCCCAGACUCACUCAAACACCACAAAGACCAGAUCUAUGGACACCCACUGUUUCCACUGCUGGCCUUAGUGUUUGAGAAGUGCGAGCUGGCCACCUGCUCCCCUCGAGACCCCACCUCCCUCUCUGCCACCUCCCACCUCCCAGGCAUGACCAACCACAGUGACGUUUGCUCCUCUGACUCCUUCAACGAUGACAUCGCUGCUUUUGCUAAGCAGAUCCGUUCAGAAAAACCCAUAUUCUCCUCCAACCCAGAGCUGGACAACUUGAUGAUCCAGGCCAUACAGGUCCUUCGUUUUCAUCUGCUGGAGUUGGAGAAGGUCCAUGACCUGUGUGAUAACUUCUGCCAUCGCUACAUCACCUGUCUGAAGGGCAAAAUGCCCACAGACCUGGUGCUCGAUGAGCGGGAAGGCGGCUCCAAGUCUGACAUGGAGGACUUCACUGGAUCCUGCACCAGUCUGUCAGACCAGAACAUGUCAUGGCUCAGGGAGCCUGAUGACUGUGCAUCUACUGCUCUUGGAACACCAGGCACCUGUGGCCUGCCCUCACAUAGCACAGCAGACAACUGUAGUGACACUGGUGAUGGGCUGGAUGGAGGAGUGGCCUCCCCCAGCACAGGAGAGGAUGAUGAUUCUGACAGAGACAGGAGGAACAGCAAGAAGAGAGGGAUCUUCCCAAAAGUGGCCACAAACAUCAUGAGAGCAUGGCUCUUCCAGCACCUGUCGCACCCAUACCCUUCUGAGGAGCAGAAGAAGCAGCUGUCACAGGACACGGGACUGACCAUCUUACAGGUCAACAACUGGUUCAUAAAUGCCAGGAGGAGAAUAGUCCAGCCAAUGAUUGACCAGACAAAUCGCUCAGGUCAGGGGGGCCCCUACAGUCCAGAGGGAGCGGCCCUUGGGGGCUACGGGCUCGAGGGACAGGCCCACCUCGGUCUGAGAACAGCAGGUCUGCAGGCCAUGUCUUCUCUGCAGGGUGACUACCCCAGUGCUCUCCUGUCCCAGCCCGGCUACCCUCCUCACCCAGGACCCUCCCUUCACCCUUACCCAGGCGCCCACCCUCACCCCGCCAUGCUGCUCCACCCACCACCACAUGCACACCCUGCUGAGCCGCUGCUCGCGCAGGCUCUGGACAUACAUGCACACUAGCUGUAGAGGUUGUGUGUGUGUGUGUGUGUGUGUGUGUUUGGCUGUGUAUGUA